AUGGAGACGGAUAAAUUGCCUGUGCUGCAGCAAACAGUUCCUAUCGAAGGGGAACCAAAUCAGGUUGAGUCUCAGGAUCCUGUUGCCGAUCAGAUUCCUGCGCAGCCCUCCCCGCAGAUUCAUGACCAACCUCCUGAACAAACACGCCACACAGAGCAGGACAUGCCAGCAGCCGUAGCAGAACAAGUUUCCAGCUCAACCUCGUACAAUAACAAUGGUUACAGCAAUGGCCAUCAAGCGGACGGCCACUCCCCACACUCUAUCGACUACCCCACUUCCAGCCAAUCCUUCGUACCGCAAGAUAUUGAAUCGUCUCCUCGGCAUCAUUCCCCAACCAUGUCCUUUCAGCAACCCUCCCAAUUUAGCCAAUCCGCCCAGGCAAGUUCGCGACCUAGCUCGCGAAUGUCGGGUGGAGGCGACAGAUACGGAUACACGCAGCCUUACCAGGACCAAAGUCGGGAACAGCGACAGUCCCAGCCGCAGCCGCAGCCGCAACAGCAGCAGCAACAGCAACAGCAACAACAGCCUGCUCCCAGCAAGAAUAGCGUCGUAAUAAAGGUUGGAAUGGUGGGAGAUGCCCAGAUAGGGAAAACCAGCCUAAUGGUUAAAUAUGUGGAGGGAAGUUGGGACGAAGACUACAUCCAAACACUUGGGGUCAAUUUUAUGGAGAAGACCAUUUCAAUUCGGAAUACAGAAAUUACGUUUUCUAUCUGGGACUUGGGCGGACAGCGUGAAUUUGUCAACAUGUUGCCUCUGGUGUGCAACGAUGCAGUUGCUAUAUUAUUCAUGUUCGACCUGACCCGAAAAAGUACCCUGAAUUCCAUCAAGGAAUGGUACCGACAGGGCCGCGGGUUCAAUAAGACUGCCAUCCCAUUCCUUAUUGGCACAAAGUAUGACCAUUUCGUUAACUUCCCGCGAGAGGAUCAGGAGGAAAUAUCAAUCCAGAUCUUCAAAAUCGUUCUGAGCAAGGCAUUCGACCUUAAAUGCACUAUUCCCGAAAUCGAGAAUAUCGGAGAGCCGUUGUUGCUCUAUCAAUCUGUCAACUAA